AUGCAUUUGCUUUUCUUACUUUUAAGUCCCGCCACUGUUCGCACUCAACAUGAUUUGCCAGCUCUACACUUUCACCAAACUGCCCACCUCCUUCGACUACUUAAAUGCUCGUUUGUUCAUGCUAGAUCUAGUUGCUACGCCAAGACAAAAGUGGAUCCGACAACAACAAUCGCUUCUUCGCUGCUGUUGACCAUGUUCUUGACUCGACAGCUGGCAUUCAUUUACUUCGCUGCUUUGUCUGACUUGUGGAAUUCAGUUUCAAACUUACUCACCGAAGUGAAUAUUUUUCUCACAAAAGUCUUUGCUUCAUUGCUGCGAAAGUCCAGGUCUUAA